AUGGCACAUGAGUUCGAUUACUUUGGCGAUGUUUUGCGCGCGACCUGGCUGAUCGUGUUCAUGGGCACGCUGCACCGAGAGAGUCAGAUCGCGGCGGCGUUGGGACCGCUCGCGACAUUCGCCAACUUGUUGCUGGAUCUGUCCUUGACCUCGGGCUUUGCUGGCUCGAUGAGGACCGAUCUAAUCGGCAUCUUGUCGCGAGAUUCGGCCAAACUCGACGAAAUCAACCAAUCGUUCAAACGCCGGGCCAAUGUCAAUGCGAGGCUGCACGACUCAUUGUUACUGUGUGCGGGGGGCUGCAUGACUCAUUGCUUCGGUGCGGGGAAUCUUCAAUACGGUCGAUCGAGAUUUCCAUACGGUCGAUCAUUUGCGCUCGUGAGACGCAAGACAUCUUUUGUCUGCGACUGA